AUGAAGACUCAAAACACUUCUCCGGCGAAACUCCGGCCACACAGAAGCCGAGAAAUCUCUUCCAGGUAUCUUCCGUCGCCUUCCACCUCUAUGGAAUCCACCGAAUUUCAUUCUCCGAAUUCUCCUUCCUCCGUCAUACGUAAACCGUCGAUUCGAAGCUCCGACGAAGAUGGUAGAAACAAAACAUUUGAAGAAUCAGUUUUGCGCCGUCAACUCUGGCCUUCUAGGUCGAAAAACAACAACUCCGGCUCACUCGCUGAUCACAUCACCGAAGAAAGAAUCAUUGAAGAAAAUGAGAAAAACAAAAACCACAAAAAUAGUUUCACUCUUUCACAAAAGAGUUACAGGGAGUUUAGAAGAUUUGAAAUCGAUGAAAGUAGAGAAAACGGUGGUUCUGUGAGAUACACCGGAAAACUCGCUUCGUCUUCUUCAUUGAAGAAGCUUAAUUCUAAUAAUGGUUCAGGCAUUGUCCCGGGUAGAUUUUCCUUAGAUAAGAAUACGAAACUAUUGUCUUCAAAGGGAAACUCAAGCUUAACUAGUUCUAUUGAUACUGAAUCGAGCGAUGAGGUUUUGGUUUCCGUUUCUCCGGUAAGAAAAGCAGUGAUGGAAGCUCCUUCAAGGUUCAUGAGUGACGAGGUUUUGGUUUCGGUUUCUCCGGCAAGAAAGGCAGGGGUGGAAGCUCCUUCAAGGUUCUUGAGUGAUGCAGCAAUGAGAAGAUCGAGAAGAGGAGCUUCUGAUUCAAACAUUGGAAAUUUGAGCGGCGACUUGGUGAGACCGAUGAUUAAAAGGACCAAUUCGAUAGCUUAUAAAAGUUCGAAAUCACAAUGGGCGUUGUCGCCCGGUAGGUCUGAGAUAUCGAGUUCGACAAAGGCGAAAGGAGUUGAAAAACUCAUCAACUUUGGUUUUGAUCUCUUCAAAAGUAAAAAACCUAGUGGCUUUAAUGUGUCGUCGUCGAUUGGUUUUGGAAAUAAUGAAGACGUUCAUAAGCUUCGUUUGCUCGAAAACCGUUUGAGUCAAUGGCGAUUUGCAAAUGCUAAAGCAGGAGUUGUGAAUGCCGACAUUUCUCACCACGCCGAGAACAAUUUGAUUUCGGUAUGGGAUGGUCUCGCAAAGUUCCGAAUUUCUAUUAUGAAAAAGAAGAUACAGUUUGCAAGAGAAAAGCUUGAAAUGAAGAUAGCUUUUAUAUUGUAUGAUCAAUUGAAGUUGUUGGAAGCUUGGGGAAGCAUGGAAAGGCAGCAUGUAUCGAUGAUUACUUCCACCAAAGAGUGUUUGCAUUCUGUUGUGUGCAGAGUUCCUCUUUUGGAAGGUGCUAAGGUGAACAUACAUUCUACAUCCAUUGCUAUUCGUCAUGUUUGUGAGCUCACAACUUCCUUGAAGUCAAUAUUAUCUUCUUUUUCACCUGCAGCAGACAAGACUGCUGCAAUACUAUCAGAUUUGGCAAAAGUUGUCACACAAGAGAAGCAACUUUUAGAAGAGUUUUAUGAUCUUUUGCAUACCAUAUCUGUCUUUGAGCGUCAAGAAACAAGUGUAAAGUGCAGCCUCAUUCAAUUUGAAGAUUGGAAAAGGAAAUAUCAACUGCAACAAUCACUACUAGAGAACAAGAGAUUACUGCACAAUCAUAAGUUUCUUACGUAG